GGAGGGAAAACCAACAGGAGGACCGCUGGCGACGGGCAGCGAAAAAAGUCCGAAAGUCCGAAAAACUCGCGAUUUUUUUGCGAUAACUCCGCGUUUGGAUUAAACUUCAAGCCGACACGUUUGGAGGUGAAAACUCCUGGAAUAUAAAACUCGACCUUUGUGGAAUAUAAACAGCAGGAAUACUCGGGAGUUUUCACCGUGGUCCGCUACGUCUCAGGGGUCGAAAAGUUUCUGCCGAACUUCAGUUAAAAAAAAGGUCCUGGACCAGAUCAGACCCCGGGCUGACCCCGCAGACUGCAGAGGGACGGGAGGAGAAGUCUGCGCAGGAAAUUAAGAGCAGUGUUUCCAUCUCUGCAGACUCCGAGGGAAUAAUAUCACACGGAGGAUUUAUUUUAAACUCUGUGUCUGGAGCUGUUUCCUGGCUGAGCGUCAGAGACAGGAAGUCUCACCUGAGGCACGUCUCCAUGUCUCCGGCGCUCAGCACGGGGCUCUGAGGAGGCGGCGGGAUUUAAAAUAAAGCUGGUUCAAACACGAGGAGGUGGAGGAGGAGGCGGAGGAGGAGGAGCAGAAGGAGCAGAAGCAUGGGGAAGGAGCAGGACCUGCUGCAGGCGGUGAAGAGUGGAGACCUGCUGUCCACUCAGAAGCUGCUGUCCAAGCUCAAAGUCAACCGGAACAAGCUGCUGGGCUCCACCAAGAGGCUCAACGUCAACUACCAGGACUCAGACGGGUUCUCGGCGCUGCACCACGCAGCGCUCACAGGGACCACAGAGCUGCUGUCAGCCCUACUGGAGGCUCAGGCUACUGUAGACGUGAAGGACAGCAACGGAAUGCGCCCGCUGCACUACGCGGCGUGGCAGGGGAAGGCGGAGUCGGUGCUGCUGCUGCUUCGGGCGGGAGCGUCGGUGAACGGCGUCUCUCUGGACGGACACAUCCCGCUGCACCUGGCCGCGCAGUACGGACACUACACCGUGUCUGAGAUGCUGCUGCAGCACCAGUCCAACCCGUGUCUGGUCAACAAGGCCAAGAAGACUCCUCUGGACCUGGCCUGUGAGUUCGGAAGAGUCCAGGUGUCCCAGUUGCUGCUGAGCAGUAACAUGGUGGUGGCUCUGCUGGAGGGGGAGAGGAAGGAGGUGACGGACUCGGCGUUCACCACGCCGCUGCACCUCGCCGCCCGCAACGGACACAAAGACAUCAUCAGGCUGCUGCUGACGGCCGGCAUCGACAUCAACAAGACAACCAAGUCUGGAACGGCUCUGCACGAAGCGUCUCUGUACGGGAAGACGGAGGUGGUCCGCCUGCUGCUGGACGCCGGCGUGGACGUGAACAUCAGGAACACGUACAACCAGACGGCGCUGGACAUCGUCAACCAGUUCACCACAUCACACGCCAGCAGAGACAUCAAGCAGCUUCUCAGAGAUGCGACGGGGGUCCUGCAGGUCCGAGCUCUGAAGGAUUACUGGAACCUCCACGACCCGACGGCGCUCAACAUCCGAGCCGGAGACGUCAUCAUGGUCCUGGAGCAGCACGUGGACGGACGCUGGAAGGGACACAUCCACGACACGCAGCGGGGGACGGACCGGGUCGGCUUCUUCCCUCCGUCCAUCGUGGAGGUGAUCAGCAGGCGGAACGGGGGCACCCUGUCCCGGCACGCCUCCCUGCCCUCCCGUCAGCAGCAGAGCAGAGCACCCCUGUCCUGCAGCCUGAGCUCCGCCCCUCAGACUGAUGACACAUACACAUUGUAUGCCCCGCCCACCCACGUGGUGCUGCCGCUGGCCAACGGCCUCGCCGCCAACACAGACCCCGCCCCCUCAGGACGCGGUCUGUCCCCGAGCCGCCUGUCUCAGUCCGACUGUCCCUUCGAGGACAUCUGGGUCCUCAGGGACUCGUGUCAUGCCGGAGACAGGAGCAGCGUGGGCAGUACCGGCAGCGUGGGCAGCACGCGGAGCGCUGGCAGCGGCCAGAGCACAGAGAGCAGCAGCGCCCCCAACGGGCUGCAGCAUGCCGCUGCACACCAUGACCACAACAAGCCGGCGCCCCCUGCUGGUGACUCUGGACACUCUGACUGCAAACAGACGGAUAUUCCUGCAGGCGGGACUCCUCGCCGGCAGACGGUGACGGUGCAGAGACCCGCGGAGCAGAGCUUCUCCCAGCAGUUCGUCCGUCCUCAGCAGCUGCUAGACGGGAAGGAUGCUGAGGCCAUCUACCAGUGGCUCAGUGAGUUCCAGCUGCAACAGUACACAGGGAGCUUCAUCAGUGCAGGUUAUGAUGUUCCCACCAUCAGCAGGAUGACUCCUGAGGAUCUGACCGCCAUCGGAGUCACUAAACCAGGACACCGCAAGAAGAUCUCUAUUGAGAUUAGCAACCUGAACAUCCCCGAGUGGCUGCCAGAGUACAUCCCAUCUGAUCUGGGGGAGUGGCUCAGUGCGAUCGGACUCCCUCAGUACCACAAGAAACUUUCAGAAAACGGCUACGACUCCAUCAGCAUCGUCAGAGACCUGACGUGGGAGGACCUGCAGGAGAUCGGCAUCACGCAGCUGGGUCACCAGAAGAAGCUGAUGCUGGCGGUGAAGAAGCUGUGUGACAUCCAGAGGGCGAUCCUGCAGGCGGAGGCGGGGCAGGGCACGCUGCGGCGCAAAGCCCCCGGAGCCCUCCACCUGGUCGCAAUCGAGCCGCCAGACUCCUCCGGCGAGUGCUCGUCCCCUCACACCCCGAAGAUGUUGACCUUCCAGGACAGCGAGCUGAGCGCCGAACUGCAGAGCGCCAUGUCCAGCCACUACGGGGGCUGCGAGGAGGGCUUGGCCAUCAAGAACGCCGUGGGAAUGUCCCAGAGCCAGGAGAGCAUCGACACGCGGUCCCGAGGCUCCGGGCGCUCCCAGGAACCUCCCACGGCGUCUGUCACGCCCCAUAGCUGGUCCCAGGAGAGCCUGGACGGCAGCCCUGCCAAGGAGAGGAACCUCCCCGAGGGCUGGGACCAAAGGCCGCUGCCCAAGCAGGUCCCUCUGGGCACGGCCACUGUCUUCAAGUACCCAGCCAUCCCGGCCAAGCCCAAGCUGUCUGGGUCUCGUGGCCCCUCCCCUCACGGCUCGCCGGCGCUGAAGGCUUUCAGCUACCUGCAUUCUCACUGCGGCUCCACGGACCUGAGCCCGAGGCCCGAGAGCCGCAGCAUGACCCUGACGCACAAGAAGCAGAGUGUGACCCGAUACGCCCUGUCGGACGGUGAGCCCGACGAGGACGACGAGGAAGCGAUGUUCCGCUCCGGAAACCUGUCGUCCUACGCCACCUUGACCCGCAAACCGGGGCGUAGCCAGUUGGCUCGCUUACAGUCGAGUCCAGAGAAGAACGUCGGGCGCAGCCAGUCAUUUGCGGUGCGUGCCCGUAAAAAAGGCCCCCCUCCGCCUCCGCCGAAGAGGCUGAGCUCAGUGAGCAGCACCACCAGCGGCGAGCUGAGCGACAGCAGCACGACGUCGUCCUCUGGCGGCGGCGCCCUAACGGACAGUCCGGUGAGCGUGAGGAGCAUCGCGGCCUCUCUGGAGGGCCGGGCAGGGAGCAAUAGCCCCCGAGGAUCCAAACCAGACCUCUCCCAGCAGGAGCCACCUCCCAACAUCCAGAAUCCUGCAGGGCCGGAGCUGAGAGAGGUUGCGGCGGCGAGGAGGCGGGUGCAGAGCGAGUGUAUUCCCGCCCAGACUGGCAGUGGUGCCGAGCCGGAUCGAGGAGUGAAGUCCGACUCUGAGGAGGAAGAGGCUAAAGGUCGCGGACUGGAGGGCUCCUCCUCGCCUCAGAACAGCUCCAGCGAGUGCAUCCCCUUCGCUGAGGAGGGCAACCUGACUAUCAAACAGCGGCCCAAAGCACCGGGGCCGCCCCGCGCCGAAGCCGUGCUGGAGCCUCCGGACAAACAGGCUGACAGGAACCUGGACGUCCCUGAGUUCAACCUGAAGGAGUCGGACACAGUGAAGCGCCGACACAAACCCAAAGACAAGGAGCAAGGAGGCUCGCCCUGCAGAGAGGAGGCGCCCCAGAGCCACGAGGAGGUCGGACUGAGGAUCAGCGAGGCCGCCGCAGAGAGGCCUGCCAGCCCUGCCACAGGCCCCCCCAUCAGACCCCCCCUCUCCCCCAAACCUGCCGUCGCCCCAAAACCGGUCCGCCACAGUCUGCUGGCUGCACAAGGUGGACCUCCUUCUCCAUCUGUGAGCGUCAGCGUGGUUCAGAGCGUGGCCUUCAGCUCGCCGUCCUCUCCGGCUCGCGGGUCCCCGACGCCGCCCCCCCCGGCCCCUCAGAGUCCCUCUCUGGCUGCGGCGAGGCCUCAGGUGUGCGUGGUGGGUCCGGGACUCGUCCCCGAGUUGCCCAGCGGGACCGAGGUGGUCCAGCAGAGACUGGAUCAGACCAGCACGUCUCUGGCUGCAGCGCUGAAGGCCGUCGAGAGGAAACUGAACCAGGAGGAUCCUGCAGACAGCGCGGCGAGCUCGGUGAAGUCCGCUGGGACGAUCCUGGACGACAUUGGCAACAUGUUCGACGACCUCGCCGACCAGCUGGACGCUAUGUUGGACUGAAGACGCCUCGGGAACACCAGCAUUUCACCGCCACGGACCCCUGAACGACGCACGCUGUCCCGGACACACGGACCAAACCGCGGCCUGACGAGCGGCGUGUCAUCGUCUGGCUGCGAGGAUGAAAAAAACUGAUUACUACGAUUAUUAUUAAACUCUAAUAUUGUUACAUGAAGUUUUCUCUUCGACACAGAGCCGCAGUCAUGACAUCACUUCCUGUUUCACCAGCUCCAGUCAUGACAUCACUUCCGGUUCCACCAGCUCCAGUCCUGUACUCAAAACAUUUUACUUGAGUAUUUCCAUUUUAACAGACUUACUUACUUUUUACUGCACAUUUAAUUUAAACUAAACCUGAAACUCACAAAAUCACUAAAAAUCCAGUUUCACAGAGAGAAACUGUAAAAAAAGACAUUAUGAUCAGAGUUUGAACUUUCCGACAGUCCUUGAACGAAUCAUCAGUUAUAAAAAGUGACCAAAACUUGUGUUAAAUGUUUAUAUUUGUGUCAGAAUCUCUUUAUUCUCCAUGUGUCAUUUAGAAUGAAGUGUUUGCACUAACCAGAUCCUGUUAAAAACAUUAAAUUCUGCUCCUCAGAGACACUGUGAAGACAUGAUUGAAUCUGCUGAGACUGGUCACGAGACAAAUAUUCACUGAAAAUCUGUUUACGCAGAGCAGAGAGGAGAGGACAGGAGAGGCUGCAAACAUGACAACACUUCAAUAUGUGGAGAAAACUGGUUUUAUGGUCAUUUUGCAUCUUUUGGUCAACUUUUUUUCUGGUUUCUGUCAUUCUAUUCUAUUCUUAAUCUAUUCAAAGUCAUGUUUGAGUUGUCCUGAUUGUGCUGAUUCUAUAGAGCUGCAGGACUUAUAGAUUUAUACAGAUUUAUUAUGUUGCAGUGACACACGAGGACACAAAGAGUAACGUGAAAAGAGCAACAAAAAAAACGCCCUGAAGUGAACCAGACUCCCUUUAGAAAAAAUCUAAUUUUAAAUGCCACUUUGCAUGUCAGCAGCCGUCCCCACGGUCACUUUACACACUGAUGUCUUCUCUCUUUGGCACUGUGUGGAGGACGAGACGUUUGCGGAAGGAGAGUUUAACAUGUGGAUGUGAAAAACUUCCAUAAAUAUUUUGGGAAAGUAACUGAUGCCGUUAGAUGCAUAAAGAAACAUUAAAACGCUGAAUUUGAGGAUGGAGUUUGGUGCGGCAGGAAGAUGGAGGAACGUCAGAGUCCCCUUUGUGUCGUACUUUUAUUUUGAAAUCCUGAGAAGUUUGGAACAGGAAGUGGAGCGGCUCUCUGUCCGACACGUCUGACCGUUUCAACUUUUAACCUUUUGUAAUAUUUAAAAGAAUCUAUUUUAUACAGCGUGAUGUCAUUGUGUCGUCCGUCUGUCAAAGUGCUUGUUGAAACAAAAGGGAAGCAUGUUCAGCUCUCGCCGUGUGUGUGUGUGUGUGUGUGUGUGUGUGUGUGUGUGUGUGUGUGUGUGUGUGUGUGUGUGUGUGUGUGUGUGUACAGACGUCACAUGGCGGCGAUAUACAAACUAUUUUUUGAUAUUCACUUUAGCCAAAUUAGUAUUUAAAUUAGAGUAAUCUAAAUAUGUAUAUUGUACACUAGAGGUAUAUACAGGAGCAGAUAUCCAACCAAAGGCUUUGUACAGAUUUUCCUCAAAUAUUUUAACAAACGUUUGGAGUUGGUGAGAAGUGACGAAAAAAUAAGUUUCACCAACAGACAGAGCGGUUUGUCAAUCGAACCAACUUUAACAAACUGAAACAUUUUGUUCCUGAGAAACAAACAUGUUUUAAUCUCGAUGACCAUACGGGAAAUAUUUUAUGUUGCUUUUGUGUCUUUAUUUUGUCGUUAAAUAGAAAAAGUUAAAUUGCUGGUAAAAUAAAUUUAUGAUUUAAAAAUGUGUUUGUUUGCAAAUCCGGAAGUUUUGUUUAUUGUUAACAUUUUUGAAUUCAAAAGCAAAACUUCUGAAUUUCAAAAUAAAGCUUUUUUUAUUUGAAAAUACAACUUUUUGAUUUAAAAAAAACAAGUUUUUCAUACACAAGCUUUAGAUUAAAAAACAAUGUUUUUAAUUUAAAGAUAAGAUUUUAUUAAAAAAGUAAAACUUUGAUUUCAAACAAAACUUUGGAUUUCAAAAUAAAGCUUUUUGAUUGCAAAAUAAAACUUACUUCAAAAUAAAACUUUUUGAUGUAAAAAAAAAAAAGUUUUUUAUUUGAAAAUAAGAUUUGAUUUAAAAAAUAAAAACAUCUUAGUUCCAGAAUAAAACUGAUUUAAAACAAAACUUUUGGAUUUCAAAACAAAACCUUUAAAUUAACAAACAUUGUUUUGCAUGAAUACAAACAUCAGAUUUUUUUUACUUAAAAAAUAUUCACAGUUUUGUUGUUGUUGCUGUUUAAUAACAUAAUAAAGACGGACGUUUUUGUUUGUUUGUUUGUGAUGUAUCAGAAAUAUGUUUGUUUAGUUUGUUUUGUAUUUAGGAAAAACAAAAUGCUUCAGUUUGUUAAAACUGUUUUUAUUGUUAUUAAAUGUUUUAAAUAUUUGUUGGUGAACUGAAUGACUUCAGCUGUCAAUCAACAUCAUGUGAUGUCAUAGUCUGAUGAUGUCAGAGUCUCUGUGAUGAUGUCAGAGUCUGCAGCCUCCACAUUCCUGAACAUGUUCAACUUUUUAAUAGUGUGUGUGUGUGUGUGUGUGUGUGUGUGUGUGUGUGUGCAUGCGUGCGUGCGUGCGUGCGUGUGUGUGUGGUUCUCUGUCUUCUCUGGCUGUAUUAUUUGUUUAACCAUUAAAUAUCUAUGAUGUGACACGCUUGUGUGUUUUUAUAUUCUUAUUCAGACAAAUGAAUUUUUCUCCAAUAUUUAUUCAAUUUAACUAAUAAAAACACAUUAAAG